CAAAUUAUUUUUUUGCCUCUUUUGUAUAAUACCUUUACAUUGCUUUUGACUUAACUGGCUAAUAUUUUGUGGUUCUGUGUUUCUAAAACUAAUGUCAUUUUCUUAAAAUCAGAUAAAAGAAAAAAAAGGGUGCUUAAAUGUAAACAAAACAACAUAUCGGGGAUGUCUUCGUUUUUGUGUUUUAUCUGCCAUAGUACAGUUAAUAAAGAAAUAAAUGAAGACACACGAGAAAAAUAUAGAGAUGUUGUCGGGAUACCUUUGUGCCCCGACACUCAGCUCUGUUUCAUCUGCUGUCAUGUCUUAAACAAACUGUCGCUGUUUAAGUCGAUAUGUUUCAAACGGAGCCUAGAAUAUCCAGUUUUGUUUCGUGAAAAAGGGACAUUAAAUUUGCAAAAAAGUAACUUAGAAAUUCAUGUAUUGUGUCCCGAAGAUUGUAGCUUAUAUCAAAUAAACAACAAAACAUACGAUUUCACUUACAACAAUGAUUUUAUCGAUACAAACUAUAACACCGAUAGCGGAUAUGUAAAGCUCCAAAAUGAUAAUGAAUUUCACGAACAUUUGAUACAAUUUGAAACGGUUGAUAACAAAACGAUUGAUUACAAUUUAUUGGAACAAAACGUUAAAGUAGAUGAAGAAAAUCACCCUGAAAUUGAACAAGAUUCCACUGUUAAUCCUAUCGACGCUGUAAAAGAAUUUAAUGAUGUUAAUGAUGUUUUUAAUGACUGUGAUGAUAUUAAUGAUUUAGAUAAUGAUUCAACAGCAACAAAUAAUGAAAUUCAAACGAAUAUUAAUGAAAGCAAUGAAGAAAUCGUUGAUACAAUUAAUUCAUCAAAUGAAAAUCUAUCAAACGAUAAUUCGAAACAAAACAUAGUUAAGAAAUCGAAGAGCAUGAAGAAGAAAUGUUUUAAGAAAGUCAUUUUAAGUCUAGAAGAACAGAAAGCAGUGCUAGAAGCGAAUAGAAGGGAGAAGAAGUAUAUAGAAGCUGAAUUUAAGUGUUAUAAUUGCGCAAUGGGGUUUCUUUUCAAAGAUACAUAUCAAACGCACAUGAUGAGACAUGAAGAGUCGAACGGUGAAUAUCAAUGUAGAACGUGCACGCUGCGUUUCGCAACUGUAACAGUGCUCCGUCACCACACUGCUGGUCACGCGGAGCGGUACGAGUGCACCAAGUGUGGCGCGAGCCUCAAGCCGCGCGCGAAGAGGUUACAUGUGUGCGUCAAGAGGAACGUGCAAAGCGUCGCUUGUCAAUUCUGUGGGAAUUUGUUUAAAGACGCGAAUGGGUUACAACAACACCUAAAAAGGGGCCACACGAGCAAAUCUGGGGGUCGUCUGCUGUCGUGUGUGGUGUGUGGUGAGAGCUACAGCAACCAAGCCGCCCUGCGCACGCAUAUGAUAAAGCACAUAAAACGUAAAUUCCACUGUGAGCAAUGUCCAGCGAGCUACAGCAGUCCGUACACGCUGACGCAGCACAAGCGCACGCACGAGGUGACGGGGCAGCUGCACCACUGCAGCACCUGCGGCGUCGGUUAUGCCACGAAGAAGAGUCUACUGGCGCACAAACGGAACACCAUGAAUCAUCAGCAGACCUUAUUCGAAUGCCCAAUAUGUAAUAGGGUGUGUCCCAAUCAAAGGUCACUGGCGUCCCACAUCCAAACAGUCCACUCGUCCACCAAGGAUUACACCUGUACACUUUGCCCGGCUAGGUACACUAGUCGGAAGUCUCUCGUGAGGCACAUGGGCACACAUAACAAGAAGCCCGAUAUCAAAAUGGCGAUAUGUCACUUGUGUGGCAGUACCUUUAAGGGCACCAAUAAGCUGAACCGGCAUUUGAGACAAGUUUGUGAGAAGACGAAAUUGGAAGAAGAGAUUUCGGCUUUGUAUUAUUAAUAAUUUAAAAAAAUAUAUAUCUGUGAUAUCUGUCAAAGUGACAUUUGAAAUAAAUAUUUAAAAAUG